AUGGAUCGUGCAGAUCAAACUUACCGUUCGAGCUCGGAUACCAAUCCUCAGUGCGACUUCAUCACAAUAGACGAUUGCCUGUACACAGGAGAUGCUUGGCUGCGGGCUUCUCCAGACGACCUUCAGGGAUUCCCACCACGUCAUCCAACGUCGAAAAAGCUGAGAGACCAACAGGGUGACGAAGAGAGUCCGGUUAACUCCAAUGGUUCUGGUUCGACUCGUUCUGGGUACGGAGGAGACGGCUUCGAACGCAGCUCAUUCGACCAAAUGCUGUUCACAGACCCCGACCUCAUCAAUGACAGCGUUCUGAAUUCCUUUUGCACGACGACGCCUGGCUCCGUCGAUGAACAAGAUGGCUUACCAGCGGGUGUGAAUGUUCAGAAUGGUCGAAGUCGCUGGAUGGAGAACGCCUCUCAGGGAAAUGGGCCGGAUAAGGAAGAGCGCUUGGCUCGUCGACAAGCUCAGAAUCGCGAAGCGCAGCGAGCUCAUAGAGCCAAGCAGAAAUCGAAGUUGAGCACGCUCGAGAGCAGGGUUCGGCUGGCAGAAAGCAAUUGUCGGCUGCUUGAAGAGGCGAACCAAAGAAUGGAAGACGUGCUGCGGAAUCUCGUCAACGAUGCGGUCAAGGUCCUCGCAUCUCCAGCUCGGCCAAAUCAGCCAGGCCAUCGGCCGUCGAGGUUCGCCAUGGAUGCUUAG